AUGUGCACCACUAUGGUGGUCCUCACCACCAUCGCUCUCAUCCUGCGCCAGAGAUUCUCCAACAAGAUCAAACCUUUCCUGAGCUCUGACGCCACCUGGUGGUCAAAUCGUUUGGUAGGAUUUCAGGAGGCUACAAAGAAGGGCAAAGCAUCCAAAAGUUCAUUUGGAGAUGAAGAUUUGCUCGACAGCUUAUUUGAUGAUAAAAAACUCCCAGUAAGGGGAAAAGCAUCUCGCAGUGGACCACUAACUCGAACUUCUGCGACUGAUAACAUCUUCAGUAUGCUAGCAGAGGAGGUAAAGAGGGAUGGGGACACUGAGGACUCUGAUGUCUCAGCAGCAGACCCCAAUGACUUACUGAAGAACAUGAAGGACAUAGAUGAUAUGGAUGCUGACCUUUUUGCAUCAAAGAAAAAGCCCAGUUCAGCUCCUGCACAAACAAAGCCAUUUGGUAAUGAAGCGCCAAAGAAAGACUCUUCCACGUUAGAAAAUGAACCCACCGCAGGAGUGAGGAAGCCAAACUCUGCACCUUCGUCUACAAACUACAAGAAGUUCACCUUCUCUGAUCUCGACGACCCCCUGGCUGAUCUACUCGAUGACUUGCUUCCAGAUGACACUAAACCCAAACCUAAACCUAGCACACAGCCGGCCAAGCCUCAGAAAUCUGCACCAUCUCUUUUAGCGUCUCCUAUCCUAAAGAGUGAAACAUCUAAGGCAGCAAAAAACCAAAGCGGUCUCACAUUUGAUGACGAUAAGGAUGACCUUAUGGAUGCGCUGGGAUUUGACAGUAUUGAAAACAAACCCAAGAAAAAAGAGACAGCGCUUUGGUCCAACACAGAAAGGAAUGAGACCCCUCAGAGACCUCGUACCAAGCUGGAUGAGAUUCUGGAGAGUUUGACUUCACCUCGACUUCUGGAGCGACCUCCGACAGGCGAGAGGAAGGACCAGCCUCCGUCUCAGGAGAAGCAGCAACACGAGAGGACCUCCACUGUGAAAGAGGAUGACCUCACAUUUGGCUCGUAUCAGCCCACCCUUGGAUCCACGCCUGAGGGGCGCCAGUCCCGCAGACAGUCAGUCAGGUUUUCUACAGAGGACGUCAGUCCCUCGACCCCGGAGAAGAAACCAAAACCCAUCACCCCUACCUCCACUCGACAACGCAGCUCUGCCGACUGGCUGGGCCUCAAGACGAACAACGACCAAACAUUUCUAGUGGACGAUGCUAAAGAGACCAGAACUUCUACAGAUUCUCCAAAGGCUCCUUCCUCUCCCUCAUUAGAGAGAAGAUCCUCACUCACUGGUGGUCAUGCCAAGUCCGCGGCAAAAACGCCAGCAGCCUUAACUGAUAAUAUCACCAAACCAGCCAAGCCAGAGGUCUCUAAAGUCAAGCAGAGAGAAGAAGAAGAGGAAGAGGAGGAGGAUGACUGGUUGGCAGGAGCGCUGAGCAGGAAGAAGGCUCUGCCAACGUCUAACUCUGAGGCAAAAACAUCCAAACAGGAAGACUCUUUAGGCCUGGGAGAAGAAAUGGAUCUGGAGUCGACUGUUAGUAAACAAGCUCCCAGAGGCCGAGAGGACACUUUUACAUCUGUCAAGGAAACUAGCAGCACUUUUCUCGGACAGCCCAGCCCCACUGCUCACUCUACUCCUGUCAGAGAGACGGCCAAACAAGAUACCAUCGCUGCUCUCCCCUCGACUCCACCACAAUCCCCUUCUUUUGUUACAGAGUGUACACCCAGCACCCAGCCUCACCUCCCCUCCACCUUAAGAUCCUCCUCAGCAACCGUUCUCCACGCUAAAGUAGACCUCGGACAACCUCUAAAUGUGUCUCAUCCCUCAGAUUACCCUCCUCAUUUUACUGGUCCUUUGUCGGCCUCUACUGCUAGCAUUAGCCACACCCAACCCCAGCCGCAGCCCCAACCCCACCACCUACCAUCCCAAAGGGUGCCAAGAGGUCCAAGUCAGGCUUCGGAUGAAAACCUGCAACAGCUGCCGCUUUGGUCUGUUCCACAGACAAACCAAAUGCAAAAUACAUCAACUGCUGUCCAACAACAGGUGACACUUUCAACAGACAGUCUGCAGCAGCUGCUUCUACAACAACAGCAGAUGAUGCACUCUCAGUUGCUGGGUCUCGGGAGCGUUGUGGAUCCAGGGGUCCUGCAGAGAGCCAGAGAGAGAGAGCAGCACCCUGGAGAUUAUCAAGCGUUACAGGCUCGCAUCAUCCAACUGGAGGGACAGGUGAAGACUCUGCAGCUGGAGAGAGAGCAAAGCCAGAUGUUGCUAGAGAACGUCCAGCAUCGGCAUAAACAGGAUAUGGAAGUGAUGGAGAACGCACACAAGAGUCGCGUGAAGCUGCUCGAGGAAUCGGCAGCCCAGAGGGAGACACAAGGGAGGAAGGAGUGUGAAGACCUGAUGGAGCGGCUGACUGCAGCAACACGAUCGGCUGAGCAGGACCGCUCCGAGCUGCAGGCUCAGUACCAGCGCAAACUGGCGCAGGCCCAGCAAGACCGAGACCGUGAGGUGGAGAGACUCAGAGACCUCCAGAGGAAAUCUAUCUUGGAGAUGAAGAAAGACCACGAGGACCAGGUCAAGAGACUGAAGAAAUUAAAGGACGAGGAGAUCGAUGCAGUUACAAGCGCAACAUCUCAGACAAGGUCUCUCACGGUGGUGAUUGAGCAGAUGGAGCAGUUCUCCUCUCGGCUGGGGGAUCUUUCUUCUCGGGUGGAGAGCACACAUGAACACACGGCUCACGGCCUGGAGCAAGGGGCACGGCACAGAGACGAGCAGCUCAGAAUGAUGCAGGACCGUCUGGCCCAGCAGCAGAAGGCGAUGGUGGAGGAGAGAGCUUACCUCAAGGAAAUCAUUUCAAGGAUGGACACUCAGCUCAAUGAGCAGCAGAGACAGCUUGAGAAGGAUCGCUGGAAGAUGACAGCAGAGCAGGCCAAGGCAGAGUCGACCCAAAGAGGCCUGGAGGGAGAGCGACACGCCCUCAGCUUGCAGAUCAACAUGGAAAGAGAGGAGCUGGAGAGAGCAAAGAGUGCCUUACUGGAGGAGCAGAAGUCGGUGAUGCAGCAUUGUGCAGAGGAGAGGAGGAAGCUGGCCGCAGACUGGGCCCACUUUCACAGCCUGGAGAAGCAGAGGCACGAGAGGGCAGAGCGGGAGGUCAGCAGUCUCCUGGAGAAGAGAGAGGGCUCCAUCCUCAGUCUGGCACAGGAACAAGCUGACUUAAAGCUCAACACUGCAGAGCUGAAACAGAAGCAGAUGGCUGUGGCACAAGAGAGAGAGACUCUGGAGAGACUGAGAGAAGAGCUGGACAGAGAGAAAGAGAGAAUAAGCAGCACGGCAUUGAGACUCAAGACACGAGCCCACGAGGUGGAGGCCUUUAGCAAGCUUGCCGCGGAGAAGUUUGAGGAGGGAGAACGAGCGUUGCAGGAGGCAAAGCGUGUGGAGGCUGAGCACGAGGUGAGGCUCAGAAAUAUCCACAUCCAGACAGAGCGGCUGAGGCAGCAAGAACAACGAAUCCUUCAGGAGCGACAGCGGUUAAGUCAUCUGCAGAAUGACACAGAGAGGCUGAGACAAAACGCUCCAAUUACCUCGAUACCACAAAUGAUUCCAACCUCGUUACAAGAUGCAGGUUCAGUGUUGCCAAACCCUGAGCUGGCAUCGAGCCUGAACAUUCCCCCUCCUGCCUCGUUUGCCAGCUCUCAGUCUAUGGCUCUCCAGGCGAGUCUGGCUCUGUGGAAGUACACCGCAGAAAAGGACCGUGAAUACCUCCAAGAGGAGCAGAUCUUCUUAGAGAAUUUGAAGAAGAAAUCCUACAGAUCACCUUUCAACACAGAUUGACCUACACAUGCUGGGUCUUCCCAGUUUUAAAUAAAAAAAAGUGUAGAAUAUUUAAGUAUAGAAUUCACACAAACAACGGUAUUUUUUUACUUACAAUGAACUUUAUUCUGAAAUUCAUUUUGGUCAUUAGACCUUUUAAUCAGGUAAAGCAGACAGAACAUUUCAAAGGUGCCAUCUGAGUUUUUUUUAACAUGUUGUACACACUUAAUAAAAGCAUAUUUUUCAUUAAACAUGUUUCAGAGCAAUCCUUUUCUAAUGUGCGUACUAACAACUCCACUGUCUUUAUUAUACUGUGGCAUCAGACUUCUGGAUCCACCCCAAGCUGGUGUGUCCACUUCUCCAUUGAUUUCAU